UUCGCGCGCUCGCCCCCGCCGAUUUGCAUCGGUCACCGGUCCCUGGGGCGACAAGGCCUACAAAGAGGCCGGUAAGUUUUGCAACCCUAACCUGAUCUGGACCGGGAAAUCGAGCAAGUAUACGUCCAUUCCGUCUUUUGACGCCCUUGAGCAAAACCCUGAUGCCAGUUAUCUUCAUAUUUGCGCUAAUGAGACGAUUCACGGGGUUGAGUUUAAGGACUACCCGACGCCCAAGAAUAAAGAUUCGAUCUUGGUCGCCGACAUGUCUUCCAACUUUUGUUCCAAGCCUGUUGAUGUUUCCAAGUUUGGUAUCAUCUAUGCUGGGGCUCAGAAGAAUGUGGGGCCGUCGGGGGUUACUAUUGUGAUUGUGAGGAAAGAUCUUAUUGGAAAAGCUCAGCCUAUUACGCCGGUGAUGCUUGAUUACAAGAUACACGAUGAGAGCAACUCGCUUUAUAAUACGCCGCCGUGCUUUGCGAUUUAUAUGUGUGGGCUUGUGUUUGAGGACUUGUUGGCUCAGGGGGGGUUGAAGGAGGUCGAGAAGAAGAAUCAGGAGAAGGCUGGGAUUUUGUAUAAUGCUAUUGAUGGGAGUGGAGGUUUUUAUGUUUGCCCGGUGGAGAAAUCGGUGAGGUCUCUGAUGAAUGUGCCGUUUACAUUGAAGAGGUCUGAGCUUGAGAAGAAGUUCAUUGAGGAGGCAGCGAAGGAGGGGAUGGUUCAGCUUAAGGGCCAUAGGUCUGUUGGGGGAGUUCGUGCUUCAAUUUAUAAUGCAAUGCCUUUGGCUGGAGUGCAGAAGCUCGUUGAUUUCAUGAAGGAUUUCCAAGCUAGGAACCCCUGAUUUUGAGGCAACGAAAGUUGAGAAGCGGAUGAAUAUCUGAACAAGGGGUCAACUGAUACGUAAGUCCUAAGUAAGAAUACACAGACACACACACACACGUCUCCCCAUCUCCUUAUUCCUCAAUAAAUAUGAAGAACACAGAGUAAUCAGAAGUCUGGCAUAUGCUAAAUUGACACCAGAGGUCGUUAUUUAUGCUCAACUGUUACAUGUAUUUAAAUUAUUGAGUGUAGAAUUGUUUUCUGUAUGUAGAAUUGUUGUCUGUAUGUGUUUUCAUGCGAUCAUGCAAGCAAAUUGAAGUUGGGUUCAGUCCAAAGGUGUAGAUAGAAAUGCAAAUCUUAUUAUCUGUACAAGAAACCAUGGGAUCCUUGGAGAUGUUAGUCAUUUGAAUAAAAGUACUACUGGAAAAUUAUAUGAA